AUGACUUGGGAUACCUACACUCGCACAACUAUCGACGCAGCUUCGAAUCUAUCUAGCUGGGGGUUUCAUGCAGUCAAGACCACCACCCGGCUCGGGUUCGCUGUAACCCGGGGCGUCACCUCGACUGCUGUUGGAAUUACUGCUUCCGUUGUCGACCACACACUAUUUGGUGGAAUCUAUGUUGCACGACCCAUAGUUAGCGGAGCAGUCUCGACCGUUCUAUCAGUGGCAGAGGCGAUUGCUAUGGCGCCCAUCUUUGCCAGCGAGUAUAUUACAUCGACAAGUCUUCUAGCGGCCCAUAGCUCUAUAAACCUGCUUUCUGCAAUUACUGGCAGCAGUAGCAGCGAGGCAGCAUUUUCGCUGACGUCGUUCAUCACACUUGUCAAACGCGAGCUGAAACAUCCUCCCGCGGGGGCCAGUCUUCCUGAGCGACAAUUUGGCAUCACCCAACUAGCAAGGGCCAUUGUUGCUUGGGUUGCACUGCAGGGUGUAACUCAGGAAUGGGAUGAGACGCGAUGGCUCAAACAUAUGCGGGAGAUACCAGUGAAAGAUGUGCCGAAGAGUUUUGAGUCAAUUAUGCGCGCAAGACGAAACUCAAGGGUUCGCGUGACGUCUGAUAUAAUAUUUCCAAACCAUAGUGGUCAACUUAUUGUUGCCGACAUCGGCGAAGCAAAUCCAAUCCGAGCCCAAUCCUUUUUUACUAUGAGCGGCAAACCAUCUGCACCUAUAUCUAAACGGCCCACUGUCGUACCAGAGCCCCGAAGGCUUACUAACGCUCAACUCAAGACUACUCUCCGACGCCUAUCUAAACUUGUACUUGCAGGUUACGGUGGCGCGAGUUUGUUAUUCUUUGGAGUAUCAUUGACUACCCCUCAUGGUCCCGCGUCUGCAAAUUCUGCAUCACAAAAGGCAGCGGAGGAAGCCAAUUUAGCGCAUGCGAUCGAUGCGUCUGAAGCUCAAGCCGCAGGUGAUUUCUCAGAGUUCAGCGCCCCUUCUGGACCAGGCGAUGCACAAUAUUCGUGGUGGGACGUUUUGUUAGGAAAGCAUGAUCAUGAGAUUUUCGAACGGUAUGCCAACACUUCGGUUGAUAAGGCGGACGCAGAUGUUCAGGAGAAGAUGCGAUCCACUGCCAAAAUUGGGGCGGAGCACCUUAUGCCUCGUUAUUGGGUUUUAACGGAUCAUUCAAGAGGCCAAAUAGUAUUAGUUUUACGAGGAACAAUGAGUCUCAACGAAAUAGCGGCAGAUCUGACUUGUGAAGAAGAUGAGUUCGAGCCGGCGACAACUCCUGCGAUGACUGAGGAUGAUCUUCAUCGUGUACCUGGCCGUUUUAUAUUCCCCAGACCACAAGCCGAGGCUCAUGCCCCAACUGCGUCUUCACAAUAUCAUGUUCACGGAGGGAUGCUGCGAAUGGCUCGAGUAAUGGGUGGGGUGGGCAAACCAGUACAAUUGGCUGUCCAUGAGGCCCUUCAUCAUAACCCCGAUUACGACCUUGUUUUGUGUGGUCACAGUCUUGGGGCUGGAGUCGCUGGUCUUCUAGGGAUGAUGUGGGCCGAUCCAAAGACCUGUCUCACAAUUCCAGCUAGCGGAUUACCAGUUGGCCGACGAGUUUCCGUCUACUGUUUUGCCCCACCGUCCCUGGUUGACCCUGCUUUGGGCAAAGUUUCCGAACGACUGAUAACGUCUUUUGUCUACUCACAUGACGUCGUCUCUCGUCUCAAUCUGGGCGCAAUUCGAGACCUGGGGAAUGCUGCGAUGUGGCUAUGCGAUGGUGAAGAACCUGCCAGCACAAUAUCGCCAAAUAGCGCAGCUGGGUAUUCUGCGGUGACUUCACGAGCGAAGCGGUGGAGGGCAGGGACAGGCACCGAAGAUGAUCCUCAUUGGUUUAUUUCCGUUCGCAAAACGUUGGAGGCCAACAUGCAUUGGGCGAAUAUGGUGCCGCCUGGGCGAGUGUUAUGGGCGAUGCGGGACAACGACUUUGCUCCAGCUCAUCGACAGACAUCGAAUUCAGACAGUGCACCAGACAAAUUGCGUUUAUUUGAGGUGCUUGAGCCGGAGAAAGUGUUUUCGCAGAUAGUGUUUGCUCGCGACAUGCUAAGCGCUCAUAUGCCCCACCAAUACGACCAAGCCCUGCAUUCGUUACUGUGA